AGGAAAUGACGUCAUAAGCCUGAGCCCUGGAAGCAAAACGGGGUGAAGAAGCAAAUAGGGCAGUGACAGUUGUCGUCUAACGUGAACCGGAACCUGCCCUUAAUACCGGUGACUCGCUCGAGUCGAUGGAGUGGCUCACGUCCUGCGGCGACGCGCUCCUGGCACCGACGGCUCUACUGUCUUCUUUUCAGCUCUUUAAGGACCACCGGGCUCCUUCGGUGGGGUUCUUCAUGCUCGGCGUCUCGGCAGGACUUGGCGUCCUGAAUCCAGCCUCCUCCGUGCAGACGGAAGCCCAGUGGGCUAGUGAGGUUCUAGCUCCAGCGCUGGUCUCCUUCCACCUGCUGUGGCUCAGUGAAGACCACAACACCGCUCUGCUCCUGCUGUGUGGCCCCUGCCUGCUGCUGGCCCUCAGCGACAGCUUCUCCGUGGACACCCUGGCGCUGAUGACGCGCUGCGCCGGCCUGUCGUCGCUGUCCUGCAGCCUGACAGUGUGGCUCUUCGCCGGGAAUGCUCUCGGAGCUCUGGCCAGCGUCACACUGUGCCUGCCCUCACUCCUCUCCGCUCGUUUCACACCCAGCGCUUUUGGCAGCCCGGUCUCCACCGGGGCCUCUGACGGGUGGAUGGAGUGGGUUCUGGAACUAUCUCUGUGUGUCGGCUGCUGGACUGCAGCGCGUGCUCUCCCCACGUUUUUGUCCCAUCUCUCAGACAGAUGUGGCCUGAGCAUUUAGCCGCCGGGGCGGCAUCCUUGUUACGCUGCAGUGUUUUGGGAAAUGAUCCAGUUUCACCAGUUGAACAACAUGAGUGGUUGACGUGGAUUCGGUUACAUUCUUUCUAUACACUGUAGAUCCACACUGAGCUUGGUGCUCCUCGUCCUCGUCCCACAGACACAUUGACAGCGAAGAAGCCGGUCAAACGCGCAACCGAGUCGUUUAUAAACCUGGUGUGACUCUAGCUUGACCACACACCGUCACGACAAAACGGAGUGUUCGAAACAGACUUGGCUAACCUGACGUCUCCCUUCAAAACUAGACACUCGUAGGCGAUCAAAGUUGGCUAAAAACUAAAUGCAGCAGCAAACAAAUGUGCUCCGAAAUGUGACAAGGGUAAGAAUCGUCGUUGUUAUGAAGCAACUUGAUGCAAAGAAUGUUAAAGAUUAGCCUGGAAAUCACCCAAACUAGAAUGAAAUCAUGCAAAAUAGAUUGCGAUGGAAUCAAAUUUAAAAUAAAUAAAUGAAUCAUGAUGUAUUUCUGGCGACAUCAAAAUAAUUCUGCAAUUCAAAGUAGCUGAGUGUCAUAUCUUUCACAAAGGACUUUCAACUAACCACAACUGCGUUUGGUUCCGUUGGUGGUGAGACAAACGAAAAAAAAAUGUUGAAAAACACUGGUCUAAAGAGUGAAUAAAUCUUGACCCGAGUGCUUCUCAAACCUCGACUCUCUUCCUCACUGCAGGUGCACUUCACCCUUAUGGUUUACAUGUAACCAGAUGACAUUCAAUGAGUCAUUUUCCAUAUCAAUAUCCAACAGAGGUGUUUUUGGAAAUGGCACUGUUCCGCGUGUGGCCUUCCAGUGUUCAUUACAGGGACACACCAACGUCCUGGAGCAGGUGCUGGUCCGUUCAGUGAUGAAUUUGAACCCCAAACGGUGUUCUGGAAGGUGGCUUCCCUCCCUGAAGGUGUUUCUGUACAAAGCAUGACGUGUCUCCCUCCUCCACUGCAGCCCCCUGAACUCCACUGAGCAUGCUCAGUGCGGCUGCAGCCUGUGGAUGGAGAGGGGAACACCAGAGCUGCACAUUGUUGGAGGCUGCUGCUGCAGCUGUGAGCGUCAGCGCUGCGCACGUAGAUGGAGAGGCAGUGUCCCGCAUGGACUGUCUUCACCGACGAGGACCUGUGUGAGCAGGCCUAGCAGGGGAAGAUGUAUGCCUUCUACUCCCUUUUGGUCUACAUCUUCUACACGGUCUUCAAGGAAAAGGAGGCCGCAGAGGGGCCGCAAGGAGCCACGGCAGAAGAGCAGGGAGCCGUUUCCGUGGAAACAGAGAGCAGGAGGAGAGAUGGCUCCACCCCCAAAUUAAGGAAAAGGCCUCUCUUCGGUGAUUCCAGCAGCAGCAGUGAUGAGUUGUCUCUCAGUGAUGAUGAAGAAGAGGAGGCCGGUCCAGACGUCCCAGCGUGCACCCCUCUGGCUGCCUUCCUGUCCUUCAAGCAGGAGUCAGAGAAGAGGAAAGCCUCCCAAGAGCCCGCGGGGAAGCUGACAGAGUCGCCCCUGAUGGCCGUGAUGAGCCACUUGCUGAGUUUCCUGGAGCAGUACUCGCACUUCCAGCAGCUCCAGCAACAAGCCGAGCGGUACCGCGUACAGCUCAAGAGGCACCGCGUCCAGCACCGGCGGCAGAUGAAGGCCCUGCGUGCCUCCUACCGCCAGCGACUCCGGGACAAGGACAGCGUCAUCAGCAGCCUGGAAGAGGCCGUCGGCCCGCUGAGUGAGGGUGAGUGUAGCGGCGGUGGAGUCCACAGGCUGGUGGAGUCUCUGUCCGCUCUCCAGGGUGAGAAGAGCAGGCUGAGAGGGGAGCUGCGGCUCCUCCACUCGCAGCUGGAGCAGACAGACGGAGACCGACUCGCUCGCGUCCAGGCCUUUGAGCAGCAGAUCGACGAGCUGAAGAGUUGUAUCGAGGAGCGGGAGGAGGAGCUGUCCAGACUGAGGACUGCAAGUGGUGCCACCGACUCAGAGAAGAGGGCGCUGUGUCUGUCUGCGGAGAACCAGACUCUCAAGCAAAGUCUGGCUGUGACUCAGGGUCUCCUGCAGCAGCUGAGCGCCGUCCCCUCGCAGCCCAGCACCUCGCUCCUCGAGGAGAACGAGAGCCUGCGCGGCCGAGUGCAGCAGCUGGAGAUCUCUCUUCAGCAGCGAGCCGAUCAGCUGUCACACCUGCAGCGGCAGAGCGAGUGGAGAGAGAGGGAGAGAGAGGAGCGCGCGAGGGAGCUGCAGCGGCAGCUGGACAGAGAGCGAGGCAAGGAGCCGGCAGUGAAGUUGGUGACUCAGACCGUGGAGGUGGAGUCUCCCGCCACCAUCAAGACGCUGAGCAGAGUCCGUCAGAAGAACGAGCUGCUGUCCAGCAAGCUGGCCGAUCAGAGCGAGCGAUGCAGACAGCUGGAGGAGCAGAUCAGCAAGUCGGACCAGCACAGCUGUAACCUGCAGCACAAGAUUGCAGCUUAUGAGCGAGAGAUCAGUAGGUUGAGGGAAGAGCUAAUGAAGGAGAUCGGACACCUGGAGGAGAGGAAGGCAGAGGCCGUGAAGGCUGCGGCCAGCUGCUCAGAGGAGCACCUUCAGGACCUGCAGCAGCAGUUCUCCUGUCUGCGGAGGCGCCUGACGUCGCUGCCGCCCACUCUGCGCUGCGUGAAGACGGACUACGCCAGCCUCCGCAGCCAGGUCCGAAACUUCUCCGACUUUUAUGGAGCAGCUAUUAAGGAGGCCAAGAAGCAGAUUUCCGCUGCCAUCAGUGAAAUGUCUGAAGCCAACAAAGAUCUCCUGGAGAAAUACAGGAAGGAGGUGGCCCUCCGAAGAAAGUACCACGAGCAGCUGGUGGAGCUCAGAGGGAACAUCCGAGUGCUGUGUCGGGUGAAGCCGGUGCUCAAGGAGGACCAGCACCAGGAGGGUCAGUCCGUGGUGGUGACCGCACACCCCAACAAUCUGACCGUGCUGAGCAAAGGGAAGAGCCGCGUCUUUGAGCUGGACAAGGUCUUCCAUCCCCAGGCCACUCAGGAAGAGGUCUUUCAGGAGAUCGAGCCUCUGGUCGUCUCCUGCAUCGAUGGAUAUCACGUCUGCAUCUUCGCCUAUGGGCAGACGGGCUCGGGGAAAACCUACACCAUGGAGGGCAACGCCGAGCACCCAGGCAUUAACCGAAGAGCCCUGAAGCAUCUGUUCUCCGAGGUGGAGGAGAGGAAGGACAUGUGGAGCUACACCAUCUCCGUCAGCUCGGUGGAGAUCUACAACGAAGUGCUGAGGGAUCUGCUCAGCAAGGAGGGCGACAAACUGGACAUCAAACUCAACCCGGAUGGAACGGGACAGCUGCACGUGCCCGGACUCCGAGUGCUGGAGGUCAAGAGCUUGCAGCAUAUUAAAAAGGUCCUGGCCACAGCCCGCAGGAACAGGAUCACCUUUGGUACACAGAUGAACCAGCACAGCUCCCGCUCCCAUGCUCUGCUCUGCAUCACCGUCCGGGGCACCGACCUCGCCACCGGCGCCAAAACCACAGGAAAGCUGAACCUGGUGGACCUGGCGGGCUCGGAGCGCGUGUGGAAAUCUGGGGCGGAGGGAGAGCGGCUGAAGGAGGCGCAGAACAUCAACCGCUCCCUGCUGGCUCUGGGAGACGUGAUCCAGGCGCUGAGAGGACGACAGACUCACGUCCCCUUCAGGAACUCCCGCCUCACCUACCUCCUGCAGGACUCCCUCGGGAAAGGCAGCAAGACGGCCAUGGUGGUGCAGGUGUCUGCCCUGGAGAGCAACGUGGGCGAGACGCUUUGCUCGCUCAAGUUCGCCCAGAGAGUCUGCAAAGUGGAGCUGGGUCCUGCAGCCAGGAAGCUGGAGGCCGGGGGGGGACACUGCGACUGAAGCGGCUCCAGUGUGGGAAUACCCAGCCGCCGCCUCGCUCACUCCAGCCACUGAUGUCACAGUUAGUGUCCUUCACCUGUGCGGCCAAACUGUAGCUCCACUGUUAAACACUUCCUGACGAUGAAGUCACAUUUAUGUACACAAGUUUAGCUUGGGGAAGAAACGUGGGGUCGCAGCACCUGGGGUUCUAUCAUGUUAUACUUCUAUUUCCUCUAAAGCUGAGGGCUUGUGAACCCGGCGGGUGCAGACCCCUGGCUCAUCAUCUCAUCACUGUAGCGAGGCAUUCACUCGCCUUUACGUUGUUUCCCCAAUAAAUAAGUGACGCCA